GAGAAGCACCAAACCAGAUUGCCGAUAGCUAAGCCGAGAGGGUUGGACAGGAAAGGUUCCCUCGCACUUCAAGCUCAAGACAAAAGGAAAGAGGAACAUACUAAAAUGUCACCUGAAGUUGCCUUGAACAGAAUUUCUCCAGCGCUCUCACCCUUCAUUUCCAGUGUGGUCAGAAAUGGAAAAGUAGGACUGGAUGCUACUAAUUGUUUACGGAUUACAGACUUGAAAUCUGGUUGUACCUCCUUGACCCCUGGACCUAGCUGUGAUCGGUUUAAGCUACAUAUUCCUUAUGCUGGAGAAACACUCAAAUGGGAUAUAAUUUUCAAUGCUCACUAUCCUGACCUGCCACCAGAUUUUAUCUUUGGAGAGGAUGCUGAGUUUUUGCCAGAUCCUUCUGCCUUGCAUAAUUUAGCUUCUUGGAAUCCUUCAAACCCUGAAUGCCUCCUACUUGUUGUGAAAGAGCUUGUGCAGCAGUAUCACCAAUUUCAGUGCAGCCGAUUACGUGAGAGCUCUCGUCUCAUGUUUGAAUAUCAGACUUUACUUGAAGAGCCCCAGUAUGGAGAAAACAUGGAAAUCUAUGCUGGCAAAAAAAACAACUGGACUGGAGAAUUCUCAGCUCGCUUCCUCUUGAAGUUGCCUGUAGAUUUCAGCAAUAUUCCUACGUACCUUCUCAAGGAUGUGAAUGAAGAUCCUGGAGAAGAUGUUGCACUUCUCUCCGUUAGUUUUGAGGAUGCAGAAGCUACGCAGGUUUUUCCUAAGCUGUAUCUCUCCCCACGUAUUGAACA